AUGAAGUUUACAUACGCACUGCAUGCUACAGCUAUAUGCGCGACAGCGGCAGCCCUAGACGAUAAUUUUACGGACUUCGAGAAUGUGGAAAGAGGAUUUGUAGUAGCACCGGCGAGUCUAAGAGUACUUGAUGAAAACGGUCAAGUGGCAUCGGAUUCCGAUCCCUUUCUAAAGAUGAUUCACGACGAUGUUCCCUGUCCAGACACAACGGCCAAAGAGGCGUCUGACUUCUAUUUGAAGGAGGUUGGACCGAACACGGGCGCCAAUCUGACACUAGCUGCUGUAGUAUUCACACACUCCCACAUGGACCACUUCGGAGGGGUUCUGGGACUGGUAGAUGAAGAAACUUGGUUCAAAGGAAACAUUCAGAUUGUUGCACCACUCAAUUUUGCCGAGGAGGCACUGUCCGAAAACUACAUGUUCAUUGGAAAUAUGGGUAGACGGGCAUGGUGGCAAUUCGCCAAUCUCCUACCUGCCAACGAAAACGCAACUAUUCAUGCUGGUCUGUCGUUCACGCAAUCCAACUCCCUAUUCACAUACGCCGCCGAAGGCACUCUGGAAAUCACGAAAGAUAUUGAAACACACACCAUUGCUGGGAUCACUUUUGAGUUUAUGUUCACUUCGAAUGCAGAGACUCCCGCAGAAAUGCACACAUAG